AUGGUUCUUCAUUUAUACAUUGAUUGGUUAUCUCAACCAUGUCGUGCUGUGGCGAUGUUACUGAUGGAUAAUAACAUUGAACAUCAAGUUCAUGAAGUCAGUUUUAUGAAAAAAGAAACUCAGAGUGCGGCUUACAAGGAAGUGAAUCCUGCUGGGAAACUUCCGUCGAUUGUUGAUGAUGAUUUUCACUUGGGCGAAUCUCAUACAAUAAUGCGUUAUUUAUGUACAAGUAGGAAUCUACCUGAUCAUUAUUAUCCAAACGAUAUUAAACAGCGUGCUAAAGUUGAUUACUGGUUAGACUGGCACCACCUGAAUCUCCGUCACGGUUCACUUUGUUUGAUAAAAGCAAAUUUUUUUGGUCCUAUUAAACAGCUUCCUCAACAGACAAUUGAUGAAUUACGAAAAGAAGGUGACAAUGUGUUAAAAGUAGCUUUGGGUUUUAUGGACGAAACUUUGGGUAAAAAUAAUUAUAUUGCCGGCGGAAAUCAAAUUUCAAUCGCUGAUAUUGCAUUAAUAUGUGAAGUGACAGCAUUACCAGUUGCAGGAGCUUCAUGUGAAGAUUAUCCAAAUGUUCAGGCGUGGUUAAAAAGAACUUCAACCGAAAUUAAGUCGUGGGAUCAAGUUAAUAUGGUAUUUAAUCAACUUCUUGCAUCGAGGAAGAAAUAA